AUGAGGUGGCUUCCCCUAUUCCUGGGCGCGGCCCGUCUGGCCGUUGCCGCAUCAACGACGACAGAAACAGAAACAGAGGACGAAGUGAAAGAGUACACCAAGUUCAACGAUGUACCGGUACCACCACUCAUCGAACUCACCCCCGACAACUGGGAGAAGGAAUCCAAAGCCAGCAAAUGGCUGAUGGUUAAGCACUACAGCCCUUACUGCCCUCACUGCAUUGACUUUGCUCCUACAUACCAAACAUUAUACGAGUUCUACUACACAUCGAAGCCCGUCGGGGACGAGAACGCGAACUUUACCACCUUCUACGACUUCCGCUUCGGCACCAUCAACUGCGUAGCGUACUACGAUCUCUGCAGCGCACACAAGGCAUCUUCCUACCCAACUACCACCCUCUACAAGAAUGGCGAACAGGUCGCGGCUCUCAAGGGCGUCAAGUCCAUGCCUGUUCUGAGCGAGAUAGUGGAGAAGGCCCUGGAAGCGACCAAGCCCGGAUCGAGACCCGCGAAGCUCGAGCUUCCCAAGCCUGGCGAAAUAGUUGCUCCCGGCUACGUUCCCAAGGUCGCCGCCACCAAGGAUACCAAGGAAACAUCCAAUGUUGAUUCCGCCAAGGAUGUGCCCAAGGUCGAUCUUGUCAAGGACUCUGCCACGGUCGAACAACCUGUUAAAGAUACCUUCAUCACCGGAAAUGACGAGUACUUGAUGCCCACUCCCAAGACCGAGGAUAAGGCCGCGGAAAAGGUUGUGGAUAAGGUUGCGGAUAAGGCGGCGGACAAAGCCACGGAAACCAAGGCGACGGAAACAAAGGCCAUAGAAUCCAAGGCCGCUUCCAAGGCCGACCCUUCUGUUGAGGCCACGGCCAAGAUCGAGAAGGUCAAGGGCAAGGAGGAGGAGGAGAAGAAGAAGUCUACGUCCCCUGCUUACUACGAGGCCCCUGCUGUCGCUGCCGCUGCCGCCGCGUCUAUCAAGGGCAACAAGCCCAAGACUACUCCCAACCCCAAUGGCAUCUCCCAGCCCCUGACUGCCGAGAGCUUCCAGAGCCAGGUCACCAUGACUCAGGAGCCUUGGUUCAUCAAGUUCUAUGCCCCCUGGUGCCAUCACUGCCAAGCCAUGGCCGCCAACUGGGCUCAGGUUGCUCGCGAGAUGAAGGGCCGCCUCAACAUUGGCGAGGUCAACUGCGAGCAGGAGGCCCGUCUCUGCAAGGACGUCCGUGUCACCGGCUACCCCACCAUCCAGUUCUUCCGGGGAGGCGAGCGUGUCGAGUACACUGGUCUCCGUGGUCUCGGUGACUUCCUCGCGUAUGCUGAGAAGGCCAUUGACAUCUCUAAAGGUGUACAGGACGUCGAUGCCGCUUCCUUCAAGGCUCUUGAGGAGAAGGAGGAGGUCAUCUUUGUUUACUUCUACGAUCAUGCCACCACCACCGAGGACUUUCUCGCCCUUGAGCGUCUUCCUCUCAGCCUUAUCGGCCGUGCCAAGCUCGUCAAGACCCGCGACCCCGAACUGUACGAUCGCUUCAAGAUCACCACCUGGCCCCGCCUGCUCGUCUCUCGCGAAGGCCGUCCCACCUACUAUCAGCCCCUCACGCCUAAUGAGAUGCGCGGCACUCGCCAGGUUCUUAACUGGAUGAAGUCCGUUUGGCUGCCUAUUGUUCCCGAGAUGACCGCCUCCAACGCCCGCGAGAUCAUGGAUGGCAAGAUUGUUGUGCUCGGACUCCUUAACAGAGACGACGAAGAGUCCUUCAACGGUGCCAUCCGCGAGAUGAAGUCGGCCGCUAGCGAGUGGAUGGACAAGCAGAUUCAGCUCUUCCAGCUGGAAAGGCAGGAGCUUCGUAACGCCAAACAGCUGCGCAUCGAGGAGGCCGAGGACCGCAACGACCAGCGUGCUUUGCGCAAUGCCAAGAACAUCCGCAUCAACAUGGACAGGGCAGACAGGAAGGAGAUCACCUUUGCUUGGGUUGAUGGCGUUUUCUGGCAGAGAUGGAUCAGGACCACCUACGGUAUUGAUGUCAAGGACACUGGUGACCGGAUCAUCAUCAACGACGAGGAUAACCGUCGCUACUGGGAUCAAACCACCACCGGCAACCCCAUCGUCCCCAGCCGCACGUCCAUCCUCGAGACCAUCACCAAGAUCUCCCAGAACCCCCUCAACAUCAAGCCCAAGCUCACCAUCUCCGCCUUCGAGAAGCUUUUCUUCGACAUUCGCAUGACCUUCUCGGAACAUCCCUAUCUUUCAAUGGGCUGCAUUCUCGGCAUCGCCUUCGGUUGCCUCUCGUGGUUCCGCAACAGUGCUCGCGCCCAGAGGAGGGCCGGUCACGGUACGCACUUCAAGUUGGAGGAGGGCGGCAUUGGUGCUCCCAGCGAGAAGGGUAGCACCGGCGGCUUCAUUCAAAGCGUAUUUGGCGGCAGCGGUGGGAGCAGCAAUGGACCCAAGGCUGAUUGA